AUGGAGAUAUCAAAUGAAGCGAAGGAAGGUUUUAUCAAAAAAACAGACGUACUUGUACUUCUUGACCCUACUUAUCUAGGAGUAUACGAACACAGCAAUAGAAUGUUUCACCACUACGACUCUCUAGCUGGGUUUAAUUUUGAGUUUUUUCGUCCUUUCUGUGAGCAAGUUCUCGUCAAGUUAGGAGUAUCUAAAAAUAAUCUCAAAAGUGAAGUAACGCCCCAACAAAAGAAUGGAAAUGAUUGCGGAGUAUACGUUAUAGCAAUCAUCAAGUUUAUGGUCGAAAAAUAUAGGAAUAGUCCUUCUAAUUUUAGCUUGCAACUGAAUAAACAGGAAGCAAAAAGCAUUCAUGAUUCUAUUCCUGAAAUAAGAAAAGAACUAGGCCGGAGAUUAAUUUAA